CGGGAUGCUGGUUGCCAUGGUUUCCCGCAUCACAUGCGCGGCUUUCCUGUAGCCAGCAGCAGGAGAGAGAGAAAAAAUGCCAGCUCUUGAAAUCCCAGCCAUUUUUACGCCCGCAAAUUAGAGGACACGGUCGGGACACGGUGGGAAACACACGCAGAUGGUGGAAUAGCGAGAAAUCCGUCGCGUUCCCUCUGACGCGUUUUGCGGGUCAUUCUUCUCAGCUGACGCGGCGAAACGGGACCGACCGACUGUUGUUGUACGUAUACGCGCAAGACCGGGCCGAAUUUUGCGCACAUUUCACCGUCAGGAAAUGAGUAUAGAAAUCCCCGAGGGCUUGACGGAGCUUCUGCAGAGCUUUACCGUGGAGGUCCUGAGGAACCAGCCGGGGGAUCUGCUGGAGUUCGCGCUGCAAUACUUCACGCGUCUCAAGGAGAACGAGACCCGCGGCGGCGCGUUCGGCAAUGAACACAAUUCAGCCUCGCGAGCGGGCAAAGCCGUCAACUUCAUCGAGGAGGCCAUGCAGAUCGACUCUGAAAACGGAGAGGAGGAUGAUGAUGAUGAUGACGAUGAAGAAUUCGUAGCUCCGGUUAUCAACAGAUUUGUACGGAGAGCUUCUGUUUGUGCGGAGGCGUACAACCCUGAUGAGGAUGAAGAGGAGAGAGAACCCAGGGUCACUUACCCCAAAACAGAUGAGCAGAGACAGAGACUACAGGAAGCCUGCAAAGACAUCCUAUUGUUCAAAAAUCUGGACCAGGAGCAGAUAUCCCAAGUCUUGGAUGCCAUGUUUGAGAAGGUAGUGGUGACAGGAGAGCACAUCAUUGAUCAAGAUGACGAUGGCGACAACUUUUACGUCAUUGAAAGGGGCAUGUUUGACAUCGAGCUGAAAGCAGACGGCACCACGCGGAUCGUGGGAUCUUAUGACAACCGUGGGAGUUUUGGAGAGCUGGCCCUCAUGUACAACACGCCAAGGGCCGCCACCAUCAUCGCUACCUCACCUGGAGCCCUGUGGUGCCUCGAUCGAUUGACAUUCAGAAGGAUCAUCUUAAAGAACAACGCGAAGAAAAGAAAAACGUACGAGGCUUUUAUCGGAACCCUUCCUCUGCUCACGUCACUGGAGGUUUCAGAGAGAAUGAAGGUUGUUGAUGUCUUGUCGACCAAAGUGUACAAUAGUGGGGAACAGAUCAUUGCUCAGGGUGAUUUGGCAAACAGUUUCUACAUCGUAGAGUCAGGACACGUUAGGAUCACUAUGAAAAGGAGCAAGUCAAAAAACGAUACUGAAGACGAGGAGGUGGAAAUCGCCACAUGCUCUAGAGGGCAGUAUUUUGGGGAGUUGGCGCUCGUCACCAACAAGCCACGGGCGGCUUCUGCAUAUGCCAUGGACAACGUCAAAUGCUUAGUAAUGGACGUGCAGGCGUUUGAGAGGUUAUUAGGCCCCUGCAUGGACAUCAUGAAACGGAACAUUGCGAAUUACGAAGAGCAGCUGAUCACGCUUUUCGGGAGUCACAUGGCAAUAGAGGAGCCGAAUGCAUGAAAUCAGUUAAUCAAUAAACAUCGCAAACUUUAAAUGCAACAUGAAAUGAUGAGAAAAUGGUAAGUAGAGGCCCGUCAUCAUGGUCAAGAAAUCGUGUUAACAUACUGUAGGUCAUAAGCUUGAAGUUAUUGUUUUGCAUUCACAGAUGUGAAACUCCGGUGUGUGUCAAUGAUCAUGAUUUUUUAGAUGUGAAAAGCCAAA